AUGAAGUACAAAGAAGAAAUUCAUGAGUUGCAGUGGAAUCGGGAUAUGCAUUACGCCCUUGGCUUCUCGAAGCUGUGGUGCAGAGCUGUAGGUGUCUGGCCUUGGCAACGCAAUGAAACGUCGUCUAUCGUACGAAGUGGAUUAUUCUUUACAAUUCAGAUCGCUGCGGCUGUGUCGCUAAUGGAACGCCUCUUCGUUCAUGGAAACUGUGGGUCAAUGCCAAAUUUCAUAGAGGCCUUGACUGGAAUCACUGUAUUCAUGGUAACAGCGAUGAAAAUUCUUCUCCCUUGCCUCCAGCAGGAACAAAUGCGCCACAUUAUCCAGUCAGCAAUGGAAGAUUGGUCGACCGUUUCCGACGCAAGAUCUCGUCAAAUUAUGAGCCAAUACGCCUUUUGGGGGCGUUUAGCUUACAGCAUUCAAAUUACCGCAGCAUUUAUCAUUGUACUGGAGAUGACAGUAUCUCGGCUUCCUAAAUUCAUUAUUGAAACAACGGAGAACAGUAGUUUAUCAGCGCGGAAUCUCAUAUUGGGACCUCCAUGCUGGAUUCCUGUUACCAUGCCCACCAGUUCCUACUUGUUACACUAUUACUUGAUUUUUUUCAGCGUGUGGGGCGCCGUACUCAUAUACCCAGGCUGCGAUGCAUUCAUGUUCAAUGCUGCGUUGCAUAUUUGUGGUCAAUUUGAAAUACUCAAUUCAAGUAUAGAAAAAAUCACGGAUGAAGACGGUCAUUUGAACCAAAGGCUAAGAAUCAGAGAGUCCUUGAAGCGACAUAAUAAAUUACUAACGCUGGGCAAUCAGCUCAACGACAUGGCGAAUCUAAUUAUUUUCUCGGAACUUCUCAGCAAUGGCUUCCUCAUUUGUGUUUCAGGGAUUGCAGUUCUUGCUAACAUCAAGAAUGGGAGUGUGAAUAAUGAUGAUAUCAACUUUGGAAUAAGAAUAUAUGUUUGGUAUAUGGAGCUGUUCAUGUAUACUUAUGUUGGUGAAAAGCUAUGCGAUCAAGCUGAAAAAUUCCAAAACGCAGUAUACAACUGUUCCUGGUAUAAUAUGUCAGCGAGCAGUGCUAAAGAUAUUAAAUUCAUUAUGAUGAGAAAUCAUUCUUUUUGUUAUUUGACGGCUGGUGGAAUUUUCGUUAUGAAUUAUGAGGCUUUCAAGGACAUUACUAGGAUCAUGUUUUCAUGCUUUUCUGUUCUCAAAUUGGUAUUGGAAUAA